CAUGCGCGGCUCGGGAGGCGGGGUCGGGCGGGGUCCGGCCGCCAUGGCGGUGCUGCUGGAACACGAGAACCAAAUCUUCCUGGACCUCUUCCACCAGGACGGGCUGGUGAUCUGCGCCCGCGGGCUCGGCAUCGACCGCCUCCUCCUGCGCUUCCUCCGCCUCUACUGCGAGCCUGCCACCCUGGUGCUGGUGCUGAACACCAGUCCCGCCGAAGAGGAGUAUUUUAUUGAUCAGCUGAGGUCAGAUGGAGUUGUUCAUCUUCCUCGGCGUGUUACCAAUGAAAUUUCAAAUAAUACCCGAUAUGAAUUUUACACACAAGGAGGAGUCAUCUUUGCAACAAGUCGAAUCCUGGUGGUAGAUUUUCUUACUGACAGAAUUCCUGCAAACCACAUUACUGGCAUUUUGGUGUACAAGGCACACAGAAUCAUUGAGUCCUGUCAGGAAGCCUUCAUCUUGCGCCUUUAUCGCCAAAAGAACAAGCAAGGUUUCAUUAAAGCUUUCACAGAUAAUGCAGUUGCAUUUAACACUGGGUUUUGCCAUGUGGAGAGAGUGAUGAGAAAUCUUUUUGUCAAGAAACUUUAUCUGUGGCCAAGAUUUCAUAUAGCAGUGCACUCAUUUUUAGAGAAGCAUAAACCUGAAGUGGUGGAAAUACAUGUGUCAAUGACCCCUGCUAUGCUUGCUAUCCAAACUUCAAUCCUGGACAUUCUGAACGCUUGUCUGAGAGAACUUAUACGUUAUAAUCCAGCUCUUGAAGUAGAAGAUCUAUCUUUAGAAAAUGCUAUUGGUAAACCUUUUGACAAGACAAUACGUCAUUAUUUAGAUCCUCUGUGGCAUCAGCUUGGAGCCAAGACAAAAUCUUUGGUCCAGGAUUUGAAGAUACUACGUACUUUGCUACUGUACUUAACUCAGUAUGAUUGUGUCACUUUCCUCAGUCUUCUGGAGUCACUGAAAGCAAGUGAAAAAGCUUUUGGUGAGAAUUCAGGUUGGCUGUUUCUUGACUCCAGUACUUCGAUGUUUGUGAAUGCUCGAGCUAGAGUUUAUCGCAUUGCAGAUGAGAAACUGAAUCAGAAAGGCAAAGUCUCUGAAAAAACUGAUGUGAAGAAGGAAAAUGAACUGAAAAAGGAAUUGGUUCUAGAAAGUAACCCAAAAUGGGAGGCUUUGAGAGAAGUACUGAAAGAGAUUGAAAAUGAGAAUAAGAACAGUGAAGACCUUGGUGGUCCAGGGCAAGUGCUAAUUUGUGCCAGUGAUGACCGAGCUUGUGCACAGCUCAGGGAGUACAUUAUUGCUGGACCAGAAGCUUUUUUAACAAGACUGUAUAACAAAAGUUUUGGAAAGGAUGAGAAAGCUGGAGAAGUGUGGAUUAAGGACAGAAAAGCCAUCAAGUCCAAAGGAAAUGCCAGACCAGACACCGGCCCUCAAGCCAAAAAAACCAAACUUGUGGCUUCUUCGAAACAAAAUAAACACAAGCAGCAGCAAGACCGGACUAUAAUCCAAAUGAUAGGGAAAGCUGAGGAGGAAAAGAAAGAGGAAUUAGAGGUGGAAGAUAACAAAGAAUUAAGUAGUAGCCAAGAAAGCAGUAUUGAAGACAUCACUCCUGAAGAUUUCCAUGUGAACUUACCCUCAGAUUGUUACUACGGUAUUUUCAAAAACCCACUCACAAUUAUUCAUCCACUGCAGGGAUGCAGUGAUCCCUACGCACUCACUCGGGUACUUCAUGAAGUAGAACCAAGAUAUGUUGUUCUCUAUGAUGCAGAACUGACUUUUGUUCGGCAGCUGGAAAUCUACAAGGCAAGCAGGCCUGGGAAGCCUUUGAGGGUUUAUUUCCUCAUAUAUGGGGGCUCAACAGAAGAACAGCGUUAUCUCACAGCUCUAAGACAGGAGAAGGAGGCCUUCGAAAAACUAAUUCGAGAGAAGGCCAGCAUGGUUGUUCCUGAGGAAAGAGAAGGAAGAGAUGAAACAAAUUUAGACCUAAUAAGAGAUGCUAAACCUGCCUCUGAUUCUACUGACACACGCAAAGCAGGUGGACAGGAACAGAAGAUGGUUCAGCAAACUGUAAUAGUGGAUAUGCGGGAGUUUCGCAGUGAACUUCCCUCACUGAUUCAUCGCCGUGGCAUUGACAUUGAGCCUGUUACUUUGGAAGUUGGAGAUUACAUUUUAACUCCUGACACCUGUGUAGAGCGGAAAAGUGUCAGUGAUCUGAUUGGUUCCCUGAACAAUGGCAGACUGUAUGCACAGUGUGUUUCUAUGUCCCGUUACUAUAAGCGCCCGAUUCUCCUGAUUGAAUUUGAUCCUAACAAAUCUUUCUCCUUGAUUCCAAGAGGCUCUUUGCAUCAGGAAAUUUCCAGUAAUGAUAUUACUUCUAAACUAACCCUCCUUACACUCCAUUUCCCAAAGUUACGCAUCCUGUGGUGUCCCUCUCCUCAUGCUACUGCUGAAGUGUUUGAAGAGUUAAAACAAAACCAUCCUCAGCCUGAUGCAGAAACAGCAAUGGCUGUCACAGCAGAUUCUGAAAUUCUUCCUGAGUCAGACAAGUACAACCCUGGUCCUCAGGAUUUUCUAUUAAAAAUGCCAGGUAUUAAUACAAAAAACUGCCGUGCCUUAAUGAACCACGUUAAAAGCAUUGCAGAGCUUGUGACACUGUCAAAGGAUGAACUCUCCAAAAUUUUGGGUAAUGCUGCCAGUGCCACACAGCUCUUUGACUUUAUUCACCUGACUUAUGCAGAGGCAAUAUCGAAAGCAAAAAGCAAAAAAUGACUAAUGAGAUUGUUCAACACAGGGCAGAGAUCAGCUUUUCUAGCACAGUACUUCAUCAAAGUAUGUUAAAUAUUUUAAUUAAUGCCCUCAGAUAACCAGCUGUUGAGUUAAUUAUUACCGAAGGCAAGUUUCAAGAGGAAUAAAAAAUGUUUUUAAGAGAGAAAUGCAAAUUACUUUUAUUCUUCCUGCAGCACUUUAACCAAUUCUAUAAAAUCAUGGAAUUAACUAAAUUAGUUUCUUCAACAACUCCAUAGGAACUAAAGUGCUAAACUUUAUUGGUAAAGGUGUUUUCUUUUAGAAGUUAUGAUGUCUUGUUAAAGCUAAAAAAUCUGCUGUGUUUGAUUAGUAUAUGUGACCUGCUGCAAGAUGUAUCACUUUACUAGUGCCAUUUAAUUAAUAUCUUACUCUCUGGAAACUGCCAAUUUUCAAUUGAUAGUGAUGGAACCAUUUCUGUCUUUUGUCAGGAGUUCAUUUAGGAGAACAUGCUUGGACUCAUGAGUUUUAGAACAUCAUAAAUCACAGUACACUACACUUGUAUGGUGUGUUCUACGUUACAUUUACUUACUUUACUAGAAGUUAGACUUUCUUUUUGACAUUCCAAAAGCAGUAGAGUGCUCUCUUGCCAGAAUUUGCAAAGUGCAUUUCUUUGGCCUAGUCUGGAUAUAGAUUUAGUGUUGUAACAACAUUUAAAUUCUUACUGUGCCUUACUUAGACUUUUAAGAUGCUUUCUUUUUUUAAAUCAGUUUCGAUAGUUCUUUCACCUCAUUUACUUGAAAAUGAAAAAUAAUAUUCUAUUGGGACUAUCCCUCUCAUAAAAUACAGUAGUUUUCUAAGCAAGGCUUUUCAAAAGUCUUGACAGUUCUUCCAAUAUUGUCUUCUUUUUGUGUCCUAUUGCACUUGCAUUUUAAUGUCUUCAAUACACCAUCUGCCCAUAAACUUAGUCAAGCUAUUGUCGCCUGGAAGAGAAAACUUGGAGCGUUCUGUGUAGCAUAGAACAGGGAAAAGUAGCACUUCUGUGAAGUUUGUGAAUGUGUAUAUUGCUAAAAGCAUUCAUUGUACACUGAACUCUAACAACUCUGACAACUAUAUAACAAACUAGCCUUGCUAAAAGGGUUGGUCUUGUGUCAUUACAUACAAUAUAUUUACAUUAGCUAUUUAAAAAAAUCUUUAGUGACUUGCACAUAUGUAUUUGUAUUAUUAUAAUGGUAACAAAAGAUCAAUAAAAUCUCCACCAUUAUAGAAGAAAAUAUUGAUUUUUCUAUACUCAGGUUCAGUAAAAACUGUACUAUGCACUUUCAAGUUUAAUGUUUACUGUGCAUUUUAAGUGUAAAUUAUGAAUUUGUAAACUUACAGUCUGGAGCUAAGCUCUGACAGAUUUCCAAAAUUUAUAUUUUUCUGAAUAUGCAGGUUUCAGUAUUAAAUAUAUCCAUACUGAUAAUAAAAUUUAUGAAUUAUCUUGUUUCUCAUUCAGCUGCAUUGACAUCAGAACAUUUUUACUUUUUGUGUGUGGUUUAUAAUCCAGAUCCAAGGGUUUCUACUAUGCUAUAUUCUAAUUUAUUUCCCUUAAUAUAAAAAGUCUUUCUUUGAGACUGUGGCUUAUUCAAAGCAUUAAGGUCAGAAAUGUUCAGGUCUGACAAGUGGUGCUAAGAGAACAGAAAUUCAGAAUGAGACCAUAACUGCCCUGAAUGGCCUAUAGAGCCUGAUUCAGAAAGGGAAAGCUGAACAACCUUUGAAAACGUGUAUUGUUCAGGCAUUUGCAUCAUUAAGAUGUUUCAUGCACUGAGGGUUGCUUUUGUUUUCAGAUGUAUUGCAUCUGGGCUUUGUCAGUUUUGUUUUGGUUUGGUUUUAUUGCUUUGUGUGAAGGGAAAAUGAAGGGUAUUUUAAAAGGUUAUAAAACUGUAGCUUUGUGUUGUAUGCUAGAUCAAAGUCAUUUAAGGCGAUUAAAGGUUAAAAUUUGCUAAAUAUUUAGAUUAAAUUUUAGAUUUAGAUUUUGUUUGUAUAUGUGGAAAAAGCCUACAGGUUGUCAUUGUUGUAUGUUAUUAUUGCUUAUUUGGUUUUGUUUGUUUGUUUGUUGUUUGGGUUGGUUUUUUUUUGGUAAUUUGGGAUUUUAAUAUAUUAGAUUAGGUUGCAAGUCAGUGUCCUUUGGGAGCAGUAGGUACAAACUGUGAACAAAAGUGGUAGGGGUCAUGUUGCCUGAGACCUCUUAACCCUGAAGUAACCAAGCCAAAGAGUGUGCCUGUGUGCAGACAACAAAUGGGUUGGAUGAAUGAUGAAAACCCUUUGUAUACAUUCCCUGGCUUUAUGCUGUUCCUUAGCUUGUUUUCAUCAACAGUAAUGAAAUUCUGUAUAUUUUAUUGUCAUUGCUUGAUGUUUAAGAUUGUGCUUUUCUAUUUAAAUAAAUAUAUACAGAAAAUGUUGCCU